AUGAAUUCAUCUUUUUGGUUGCCAUCACCUCUACCGUAUACAACCAUUUAUUGUCCACCAGUUCCAUCAUUAUUCAUCGCUCAAGGUUUUCCGGCAAUACUUCCUACGGUAUUGAAAUCAGCUGUUCCGCCAUCAUCAUCAUCAUCAUCAUCAUCAUCUUCAUUAUCUCAGCAAAUGAAAAUUCCGGAAUCAGCUCAGCAGCUAAAAAGUCCGGAAGCUAUACCAAAACAGCGUUCGUCAAAAUUGUUUCUCGUCGAAAGCUUACUUCCAUCAGCCGUUGAAAAAAAACAAACUACGCCAUCACCGUUAAGUUUGACAACAGUAGAAUGGAUUAAUGGUGGGUAUGGUUUGAAGAAUCCGAUGCUACAAGGCUACGGUAUACCGGAUAUUGAUACUACUCCUGCUCCGGCUUCUGAACCUGGUUUACUGACAUGCCGAGUAUGUGGCAAAAAAUUUGCAUUACAAAGGCUUUUGAAUAGGCAUGCAAAAUGCCAUUCCGAAAUCAAACGAUACCUAUGCACAUUUUGUGGUAAAGGUUUCAAUGAUACGUUUGAUUUGAAAAGACAUACACGAACUCAUACAGGUGUUCGACCAUACAAAUGUGAUCAAUGCGAAAAAUCAUUCACACAACGCUGUUCAUUGGAGUCACAUCUUCGUAAAGUACACGGUACACAACACAAUUACGGUUACAAAGAACGACGAAGUAAGGUUUUUGUAUGCGAAGAUUGUGGCUUUACGGCUCCGGUAUUUGAUCAGUACAUACAACAUUUGCAACUAAAUCAUCCGUUCAGUCCGCAAUUAAUCAAAUUAACAUCCACUGGUGCAUUAUCCAAAUGUCAUCGAUCAGGCAAUCAUCGAUCAUCAUCAACAUCAUUUACAACCAGUACUUCCGGAAUUUUUUCUAGAUAA